AUGCCUUCAGCUACUCGCCAACCUCAAAGAGACUUACCACUUGAUGAGUCCCGAGCCGUCAUGAGAGGCAAUUUUGGGGGAAAGUCUGGCAAGGAGUACCACGACGGGUGGGAGGCUAUGUGGCAAGCAGGGAAUUUCUUGCCAUGGGAUAGGAUGGUUCCAUCUCCUGCUUUGGCAGAUACUCUCAACAACCACUCUCAGGUCAUCGGAACUUCCAUGCUUGUCCUUCCAGACGGAACCACAAGACGAAAGAGAGCUCUGGUGCCGGGAUGUGGUAGAGGAGUGGACGUUAUGCUGUUGCAAGCCUAUGGCUAUGACGUGGUUGGGUUGGAAUACAGUGGGACGGCUGUCGAAGCUUGCAAAACGUAUGCAAGGGAGACAGAGAAUGAAGAACUCUACAAGGCCAGAGAUGAAAAGGUAGGUAAGGGCAGUAAGAUUUAUGUCCAAGGUGACUUUUAUGCCAACGAUUGGUUGGAGAGAGCUGGCCUUGGUGAAUAUGGGAAGGAAGGUGUCUUCGAACUGAUAUAUGAUUAUACCUUCUUCUGCGCCAUGCACCCUUCGAUGAGACCAGCAUGGGCCAAGCGAAUGUCUACUUUGCUAGCAUCCGAUCCCCAAGCUAAUUUGAUAUGCCUGGAGUUUCCGACGAACAAGCCUGCCGAGUCUGGCGGGCCUCCUUUCUCUUCACCACCAAAGGCAUACAUGGAACAUCUAAGUCAUCCUGGCGAGAAUGUGCCAUAUAACGACAAAGGCGAGGUUCGAGUACAACCAUUGGCAGAGUCUGGGCCUGGAGCCCUGGAACGAGUUGGCCAUUGGCAGCCUGCUAACACACAUCAGAUUGGCAAGGAUGCUGAGGGCAAAGUCAACGAUAAUAUAUCGGUCUGGAGGCAUAGGUAG